AUGGCAGCCGGUCGCCCCAAACGGCUGCAGCUGGUGGAGCUCGGACCCGGAAAAGGAUCUUUAGCCGGGGACGUCCUCAGAGUGUUCAGUCAGUUGCGGUCCGUGGUGGGCGGAGCCUCGGUGUCGCUUCACCUGGUCGAGGUGAGUCCGGUGCUGAGUCGUCUUCAGGCCCAGAAUCUGACCGGCAGCCGCAACCGGGAGGCGGACGGCGAGGACCAGCUGGUGUACCGCCGCGGGGAAACCGCCGCCGGGGUCCCGGUGUCCUGGUACCGCCGCCUGGAGGACGUCCCCUCAGGAUUCAGCAUCUUUCUCGCUCACGAGUUCUUUGACGCUCUGCCCAUCCACACAUUUCAGAGGACGCAGCGAGGCUGGAGGGAGGUGAUGGUGGACGUCGACCCCGAGAAGACGGAGCGGCUGAGGUUCGUCUUGGCGCCGUCUCCCACGCCGGCCUCCACCACGCUCGUGCAGAGGCAUGACAUCAUCAUCCUCAUCAUCCUCAUCCUCAGUGUGGGCGGAGUCGUGGUCCAGCAGCUCGCCCGGCGGAUCGUAGAGGACGGCGGCGCGGCGCUGAUCGCCGACUACGGCCACGACGGAACCAAGACGGACACGUUCAGAGGCUUCAAAGGCCACCGGCUCCACGACGUCCUGUCGGCGCCCGGCUCGGCCGACCUCACCGCCGACGUGGACUUCAGCUUCCUGCGGCGGAUGGCCGGAGGGGGCGUGGCCUGUGUGGGACCCGUCACCCAGAGGACGUUCCUGAAGAACAUGGGCAUCGACGCCCGGCUGCAGGUUCUCCUGAGGAGCUGCAGCGACGCGUCCGCCAGGGAGCAGCUGCUCGCCGGCUACGACCUCCUGACCGGCCGCUCCCAGAUGGGCGAGCGCUUCCACUUCUUCGGCCUGCUGCACCGCAGCCGGCUGGCCGAGCCCACGAGGCCGGGGGGGCUGAAGCUGGAGGGGAAGCGGAGCGCGGCGCCGCUCCCCGUGGCCGGAUUCACCGAGCUCAGCUUCCCCUGA